AUGACUAGUAUCUUCCUCAUUCUUUUACUUUUAUACACCCAUUUCCUGAGGCCUACAAUAGCCCAGAAUGAAACAAACCAUGUCUCCACCAAUCUAUUCACCUCCCUAGAAGAGUUAUCCCGCCUCGUGGACAUUUCCUACUGCGUCGGCACAACAGGAGUCCAAAAGCCCUUCGAAUGUCUAAGUCGAUGCAUCGAAUUCCCAGACCUGGAACUAGUAACCACCUGGAACACAGGAAUCCUCCUCUCCGACUCCUGCGGCUACAUAGCUCUCUCCCACUUCCCCUCCCGGAAACGAAUAAUAAUAGCCUUCCGCGGCACCUACUCAAUAACAAAUACAAUAAUCGACCUAUCCGCGAUACCGCAAGCCUACAUCCCCUACACCGGCGACGAAGACGCAAAUCCCCAAGAUCCCCAAGAUCUAAACCCCACCACAUCCCCACGAUGUAAGAACUGCACCGUCCACGCAGGCUUCCUAAGCUCCUGGCUCAACACGCGUAAAACCAUCCUCCCCCACCUCACAGCCAUACGUCAAAAGCACCCAGACUACGAAAUCACGCUGGUCGGCCACUCUCUCGGCGGCGCAGUCGCAGCCCUCGCAGCCCUUGAAAUGCGCUUAAAAGGCUUUGAUCCGCUCGUCACAACGUUCGGCGAACCGAUGGUGGGAAAUGAAGCAUUCGUGGCCUUCUUCAAUGAACAGUUCGGACUGCUCGACGGUGUCGCGGUCGAUAGUGGACGGUUCCGGCGCGUCACGCAUGUCGAUGAUCCGGUUCCUCUGCUCCCGUUGCGGGAGUGGGGGUAUGCGGCUCAUGCGGGUGAGAUUUUUAUUGAGAAGGCUGGGUUGCCGCCUGAGUUGGAGGAUGUGCGGUUGUGUAAAGGGGAUUACGAUCCUGGGUGUAUUGCUGGAAAGGGGGCUGGGGAGGGUUUGAGGGGGUUGUUACGUGAUUUAGGGGUUUCUGGGGCUUUUGGGAUGGAGGGGUGUCGAGAGUCUGGUGGGAAGUCUGGGGAUGGGGGACAGGUUGUUUUGGAGGAUGGUAGGGAUGUUGCUGGGUGUGGUAUGGGAGAUGGAGAUAGGGAGGAUGGAUUGGAGCUUGUUAGGUUGAAUUGGUCGCUUAUACCGGCGAGAUAUCGGCUUUGGGAGCUGUUUUAUGCUCAUCGUGAUUAUUUCUGGCGGAUUGGGCUUUGUGUACCUGGAGGGGAUCCAACUGGAUAG